AUGACGAGUGUGCAAAACUCGGAAACUGCCACUGGUUCCACCAAAAGAGGAUCCGCAAGGGCCUCUAGGGAGGGCAAAGGGGACUCCAGGAAGGACAGUCGCACGUCUAAAGACCAUAAAGAGGCUCCAAAGGGUGGACGUGCUCCAGAUGAUGGCUCAACGAACCGUAAGUUUGAGCCAAAGGCCAAAGAUUCCACUCCAGAGUUGGCGGAAGGUCGCUCAGACACUUUUGCGGAUCAGACAAGAGAAGCCCCGCCUCCUGAGAGUUUGCCACAUCCUAUGGACACUGAGAAGUUGGUUGGAAGGCUUCCAGAUCCGGCGGUGGACCCUGAAGAGAGAACUGAUGAUGUGGACGGGAGUUGUGCAAAAUAUGAUGAAGAAGACAAGACAUUGAGCCUCUCUACGGCGCUGCCUACGACAACGAGCAAAGAGGUCUACAGGGCAGGAACGGAGGAAGUUGUACAGACGCCCUCUGCCUCCCUCAAUAACUACGAAGUCUCAACCUAUGCGAGUGAAUCGACCAAGAGCAUAAGCACAGACACUCUUACCGUUUGUAACGAGGAGCUCUACGAUUCUCCAACAAAUGGUGAAACAGUACAGAGUAGUCCUACGAAUGGAGAGAGUCUGCAAAGCAGUUUGAGGGAAGAAGGAGAUAUGCAAAACUGCAUGGAGGAAAAAGGUUUUGCGGCUAUAAAAGAACCGCACUCCCCAAAAAAUCAAGACAGCACAACUCAAGAGUCAAAUGAUACGUUUGAUGAUCUUUUGGGAAAUUGUGAUAACUCGCAAUUUUAUGUUGAUCUUGAUGAUUUCGGAACUUCACUAAGCCCAUACAAGGUAGACCUCAAAACACUAAAAAGGGUUGGAAAACAAAAAAAAGUUGACGAAUAUGAAGAAAAGAUUAUCGAACGGGAUCCCACUCGAUUUUUUGGACAUAGUGCAUGUGGAAUUGGGAAUAUUUUGCAGUUGGAUCUGGCAAAGUUGAGUCGUGAGCGGCGUUGGAUUUGGUUAUUGGCUAGGUACGAGGCCUUCUGUCUAACUUUACAAGUGAACGGAAUAAACUUGUCCAAAAUCCGCACUGGACGUGCCAAAGGUAGUAGAUGCCAACUUAUAGACUACAUAAACAAGGAGAGGGCUCGUAUAUUUGGUAAUGAUACCUUCUUUCAAACCGGUGAAACUUUGAUGAAUAUACCGCCAUUUGUAAAUUUUUUAAGGCGCGAGGAACUUUUAUUUUUUGGAAUUGCAAAAACACCGUACGAAGUCGUUUCUGUCGACGAAUUUAAACCUGAACCGGACUCUGGUGAACCUUAUAAAGUAGUACAUACCAUAGUCUUGGACGGUACAGAAUCGUUGAGGGAAGAUAUGGGACUUCGAUUCGUCAUGUACUUUACAUUUGAUAAUCAGGAGAAUUCGGAAUAUGUAAAUGCCCAUGUACCACUGCAAAAAUCUUGGAUUCAUGAAGUUCCCAUCAGAAUCGUUCGAUCAUAUAAUUCACACUCCAGAUACUCCCCAAUUUGGGGGUACCGAUAUGAUGGGCUUUACCGCAUUAUAAAUGUCUUUUCUGAUAACAAUCAUGAAGGAACCAGAGUAUGGGUCUACAUAUUCUCCGCAUGUAACACAAAAUUGAGACCUCCACGCCAUAAACUCACACACGAUACCAUUUUGAAAUUUAAAAUCGUAAAGGAAAGAUCACUAAGAGGCAUUUUAUACAAACACACACUCACACACUACAAAAUACAAAGACACAUUAACAGUCGACGUGCAGAUGAUAUAAAACAUGUCGAUAUUAUUUUUAAGGGAAAACGGCUCUUUACCGUUGGAAUUCCACACUUUGUAAAAAUGAAGAGCAAGGUUCCAAUACCAGUAAACCUUGCCGCUAUUUAUUAUUACAUUAAACAGGUACGUUUAACGAACAAGAUGAAUAUAUGGAAAGCACCGCAAGGUGAAUGA